AUGGCUUCUUCUUCUUCUUCUUCUUCUUCAUCUUCUACUCUAAUGAAGUAUCAUAUUUUCUUGAGCUUCAGAGGUGAAGACACGCGCCUUAAUUUCACCACUCACUUACUUCAAGCUUUGAAAGACGAGGGACUUGAUGUUUUCUUCGAUGAAGAAAAACUGGAAAGGGGGGAGCAGCUUUCACAAGCACUUUCUCGAGCAAUUGCAGUCUCAAAUAUCUCAAUCAUCGUUUUGUCUGAAGACUAUGCCUCUUCGAAAUCAUGCUUGGCUGAACUCUCUGACAUCAUGGACCGCAAGCACGCACAAGGACAUAUUGUUCUUCCCAUCUUUUACCAUGUUGAUCCUUCCGAUCUGUGA